UCUGAUCGUACUGGAUCUCGCUCCCAUUUUUGUCUGCUACCCUUCCGUUUCACCCGUCGAAACGGCUUACAUCGAGCAAACGCUGCCCUGCCGGAGCUCUCACAAUGAACGGCGAUACCUACUCGUCCAGAGGUGAACCUUCCUCCCGCCUGUCGUCGGAUCGGAUGUCUAACAGGCGCGGCGCAGAUGGUGGUCGCUCCCGGGACUACUACCGCGAGGAGCGCCGCGAGCGCGCAGACCGCGGAGAUCGCGGUGACAGAGGUGACAGAGCCGACAGAGGCGAGAGGAGACGGUCGAGGUCUCCCCACUUUAGCUCCAGAGGUUCCCGGCGUGAUUUCGAGGUAGAUUCGUACUCCACUAGCCGCGACUACCGUGCCAGAGAACGGGAGGACCGCUAUUCCAGCCGCAGAGACGACCGGGAAUGGGACCGGGAUCGUGGCGACCGCCGACGCAGAGACUUUGAGGACCGACCCGCGCGUCGCGAGAGAGGAGACAGAGAUUUGUUUGAAGAGAGACCCCGGCGGGAAGGCAGAGGAGACCGCGGCGAGCGCCCCGAGCGACCUGAGCGGGCUGAACGUGGUGAACGCCCUGAGCGCGGCGAGCGUGGUGGUGAGCGCGGAGGUGAUCGCGGUGGUGACCGUGGCGAGAGAAGGGAGCGGAGACGGAGCGCGUCGCCUCCUCGCAAGAGAGAGCCCACCCCCGAUCUGACAGAUAUUCCUUCGGUGUUGACUCGGAAACGUCGCCUGACGCAGUGGGAUAUCAAGCCCCCGGGCUACGAGAAUGUCACUGCUGAGCAGGCCAAGCUGUCAGGCAUGUUCCCCCUCCCCGGAGCGCCCCGACAGCAGCCCAUGGACCCCAGUCGCCUCCAGGCUUUCAUGAACCAGCCCGCUGGCGGGAACGCGGACACCUCCACCCUCAAGCCUGCCAACUCUCGCCAGUCCAAGCGCCUGUUCGUCUACAACAUCCCCCAGAGUGUCACGGGAGACGCUCUCCAGGCCUUCUUCAACAUCCAGAUUAACGGCCUCAAUGUCGUUGAGAAUGUGGACUCCUGUAUCUCGGCCCAGGUGUCCGACGACCACUCCUUCGCGCUCCUCGAGUUCAAGUCGCCCAACGAUGCCACGGUGGCGCUUGCGUUUGAUGGAAUUACAAUGGAUGAGCAUGAGGCCACCGCUGACGCCGCCGCCAAUGGUGCGGCCCAGGGCUUGGAAGUGCGGCGACCCAAGGAUUACAUCGUGCCUGGCGCUGUGGAGCAGGAAUACCAGGAGGGUGUGUUGCUGAACGAGGUUCCCGAUUCCCCCAACAAGAUCUGCGUGUCGAAUAUCCCGCACUACAUCCCGGAGGAGCCCGUCACCAUGCUUCUGAAGUCGUUCGGAGAACUGAAGUCGUUUGUCUUGGUGAAGGACGGUUCCACGGAGGAGUCGAGGGGUAUUGCGUUCUGCGAGUAUGCGGAUCCCUCGGCCACGAGCAUCGCUGUGGAGGGACUGAACGGCAUGGAGCUGGGCGACCGACACCUGAAGGUUGUGCGCGCCAGUAUCGGCAUGACGCAGGCGUCCGGCCUGGACAUGGGCGUCAAUGCGAUGUCGAUGUUCGCCAAGACAACGUCCCAGGACUUGGAGACCAGCCGCGUGCUGCAGUUGCUGAACAUGGUGACGCCCGAGGAGCUGAUGGACGGGGAGGACUACGAGGAAAUCUGCGACGACGUGCACGAGGAGUGCUCCAAGUACGGCAAGGUGGUGGAGGUGAAGGUGCCUCGCCCGUCAGGCGGCAGCCGCCAGUCGCCGGGUGUGGGCAAGAUCUUCGUCAAGUUCGACACGGUGGAAUCGGCGACGAAUGCACUGAAGGCGCUUGCGGGCAGAAAAUUUUCGGACCGCACUGUGGUGACGACCUACUUUUCGGAGGAAAACUUCGACGUCAGCGCCUGGUAGUGUAGGACGGACAUAAAACAAACCUUUUCCUAUCUGUUGCUGUUUUGUUCAAUACUUCACGAUGCGUAAUUGAUUCCGUGGUCUAGCCCGGGGCAGGCGAUGCACAAUCUGUAACGGGGAAGAGUUGGGAUUCUAAGAUCCGAGGAAUGAGGAUUGAGGUUUUGAGGAAGGUUGAGAAAUCUUUCGACUGGGUUACGAUGUAUCAUAGCGAGAAAUUUUGCUUGGAUCAGAUUGAGUAGAUUACCCCGAUUACCCUAGAUUUGCUAGCGCUCUGGGUUAGAAGUGAUAGAGGAGUACGAGUACCGCAGCUGGUCUGUCUCGUA